AUGUCUAGAAAACAACCAUUCAUGGCGCCUGCGAACGGCGAUAACGAGGACUCGCUGCGGUCUCUAUCCAUCCGCAGACGGGGCAGAGACGGUCGCUCAUUAUCGCGAGACGAAUCGAACAUCCAUCCAGCAUUCCGCGACAAACCCUACUUUAGUCCGUCCUCGUCGCACCACGAGACCGGAGCCGAGUCACUAGGCCAGGGCGGAACAGAGACGACGAUAUCAGACUUAGGCACGAACUCGCGGAAAUGCAGCUCAAUAGAUUCACUGUGCAGCGAGUGUCGUAAUUACCUCGAGUGCCCACCUAACAUCCACCCCAUUAUUGUCGAGUGUCUUCUAACUGGGACUUCUGAUGACGCGAUUGCCAUUGUACGAAACCUGUACAAACGUAUUAUCAGAUACGCAACGCGCCCCUUCUACCUUCAUGCAGCCGUUAGACGGUCAGCCAUUCCAGGACGUAAAUCAGGACACUGGUACGACAUCACGGCGGAAGGGCUACCCCACAGUCGGGCCUGCUCUACAUCCAGGCAUUACGACCACGAGGGUCCCGGGACGAUUCAGAAGGUGUUUUAUUCACCGUACUCGUGGGCAAAGAAACAGGAGAAGAAGAAACAGAAACGCAUCAAGGAGACACACGCCAAGCUUCGUGAUUUACAAAUUCUUAUGGACUUCCCCUGGGAAAGUGAGAGGGCUGGCAUGGUUGAAAAGAGGAUCUUUGAGUCGCUGCCCAAGAGUGUGAAGCUCAUCAAGUUGGAGCAUAUUAGCGCCCACCAUACUUUGCACCGUCUGGAGUUGUGGGCUAGGACACAUCUAAUUCACCAUCACGCUACUGAAACUUCGUGGGGAUGCGGCGAGUAA